AUGACGGCGAUAGUGGCGGCGACCACCACUUUCUCUGCCCUCCAUCUCUCCAGAACCUCUGCCGUCCUCCCCCGUCUCCACCUCCGCAGAGCCAUCACCUCCACUCUCUCCUCGACCACCAAAUUCAACAUCACCUUCGCCCCUCCGAAACCCCAACCCCAGCUGCAGAAAACCCCCGGCCCCCACCCGGAGCCGUCGUCCGAUAAGCCCGCGGCACUGAAACCCGGAAACCAGCAGUACACCCCAUGUCUUGUCAAAGACGAAAGUGCCAACCCCACAUCGCCACCCGAUGGUUUCCUCAAGGCGAUGGCGUUUCAAAGCACGCAGAGAAAGAAGACGAAGAAGAAGGACGAUGAAGGUUCUGGUCGUAAAGCGAAGGCGGCUCCAACGGCUGAGCCGAAGUACUCAAAGGCGGCUCGGAGAUUUUACAACGAAAGAUUCCGGGAGGCUCCACAGCGACUCGCCAAGGUGUUGGCUGCUGCAGGGGUGGCAUCUAGGAGAAGCUGCGAAGAACUGAUUUUUCAAGGUAAAGUGACUGUCAAUGGUUCUGUCUGCAACACACCCCAGACCAAAGUUGACCCUGGAAAAGAUAUUAUAUAUGUAAAUGGAAGCCGGCUGCCUAAGAAACUUCCGGCAAAGGUUUAUCUUGCUCUAAACAAGCCAAAAGGCUAUAUAUGCUCUGCAGGAGAGAAAGAGACAAAAUCUGUGAUGUCCCUUUUUGAUGAUUUUAUGAAGAGUUGGAGUAAAAAAAAUCCUGGAGUACCAAAGCUACGACUUUUUACCAUUGGCCGUCUUGAUGUGCACGAGGGAAGAAACCAUGAAGUGCGUGAACUUGUAAAAAAUGCUGGGCUGCAGAUUCAUGCACUGAAACGUGUUCGCAUAGGUGGUUUCAGGCUUCCAACUGAUCUCGCGCUAGGGAAGCAUAUCGAACUAACUCCGACUCAUCUGCGGGUACUGGGUUUGAAAAGUUGA